UCAUCUUAUUUACCACUGUAGUUCCAUUUAGGAUAUAUUACUUAGAUUUUAGAGUGCCUUUGGGCAAAAUGAAGUCAGUGAAGAGGAUCUGGACGAGUGGAGCACGAGAGCCGAAAGUGUAAACAUUCGCUGAUACGUCCAAGACCUCUGCAUGAUAAGCCUUGUAAAUCAUCGCUUGGCAUGAGAAAGCAACAUCAGGCACCUUCAAUCCAGCCAUAGAGAGCUCAAGACUCUUAUGGAGGGGUGAAGUUCCUGAGGCAGUAGUAGUGUCACGUUCCCUGAGUCACCGUAAUUGUCUGCCUGCCAGACACACCUGAGGUGGACAGUACACACACGCAAGGACGGACGGACAGAUAUGCAGGCCAAGGACAAAGGUUUGGUAUGGGGCCUCCUGGAGGCUGCUGGAGAUGUGAACGAUGGAGUGCGGCAGACAGUGGCAAGUUCCCUCAUUACAUUGGGUCACCAACAUCCCCCACUUGUCCUCACAGCCAUUCACAAGUUCAUUUCUAGUCCACAAACUGCUCCUAAGGUGCAUGUGCAGUCUAUGUUAUACAAUGUUGCUGAGAACAUUAUCCGUGAAUGUGGGGAGAAGAUAAAUGAUGCUGAAGUGAUCUCAACAUGGAUGGAUGGAGCCGUGAAGUUGUUGACCCUGCCUUCAGUUGCACCAGACCUUCAAGAGGCAGCCUCUGGGUUCAUGGUUGCCCUUGGAAGCUGUCCAGUUCAUUGCAAUGCUGUAAUGGAGUGCCUCGUUGCCCAGAUACAGACAGGAAUGCUUCCAUCUCAGAGUGUGAUUGAAACUUUGGGGGCCUUGGCUGCUGGUAAUGUGACUGGCACUGUACCAUACUAUAAGAUCAUUCUUGGACUCUUAGUGGGAUGUCUUCCUGCUGUAAAGCAAGAAAGUCUGAAGAAUGCAAUAUGUGUCAUGAUAAACAAGUUCACAGAGGCAAUAUUAGAAGCUGUGGAAAACAAGGAGCCUGAUCCAAACAUAUCACUGGAGUCAUAUGUAACUGAGAGUGCUGCCAUAUUUGAGUUGCUGGUCAAUCUUUGGAUCAAAAACUCAACUACCAGUGUGCGUCAUGAAGCUAUCCUGUGUCUUGGCCACCUGAGCCAUCUGCUGCCCACUGACAAGCUAGAGGAGUUGGCAGGCCUGGUAGUAACCACCAUCUUGUCAAUGUACCGUAAAACUUCUUGUCCAUACAAUCUUACAUUUUCAUUGGCUCUAAUCAUGGAUGCACUUAUAAAGAAAAAAAUCACUGAAGGAAUGAGAUUUCAUGUAGAUCACUUAUUGAGUUCAUUAUUUACUCAAGUAUGUGUAUCUCCAAAUUAUACUGAACCCUUCACUGUCAAGAACCACUAUGAGGUGCUCCGAUGUUAUGAGCUCCUUGGAGGGCAGUAUCCUGAGAAUGUGGUGGCCCACUUACUGCUAAGGCUUGAGAAUGCUAGCUAUCAGCAGCGUGUUGGCUCCCUUAUGGUCAUCAAACACCUAAUUAAUAGCAAGACUCUUAGUGCUGAGAAUGUUGCAAGUUUGACGACCACUCUCAUUUCUAUCUUGCAUGAUCCAAACAGCAAAGUUGUUAAGAGUGUUACACAAGUAAUUGUUGCAUUGUGCCACAACAAUCACCUCACACCUCAGUCUGGUGCUCCCUUCAUCACAUAUCUAGUCAAGCACUCAGCAGGACUGCCUUCACCUCAAACUAGACGCCCAUCUCUGGCUGAACCUGAAGAAGAGUCUGUGCCAGUAGUGUGUCGUCGGGUGCUACACCUUCUUGCUACCACUGUUGAAGCUGCUUUUCCAUUAUUGUGGCCACUGCUACUCACCUUUGUUUGCACUACUGAGCAUGAAGCAAGUCUUCCCACAACUAUGGGUUGUCUGGCACAUUUGGCUAAAACUAUCUCUGAAUUCAAUGAGCAGGAACCUCUUCUUGUUGGCUCACCAGGCCCUCCAACAUCACCUGUGUUACUCUCACGACUGCUAGUUCUAAGUUGCACACCAGGAAAUGAUGUGGGAGUGUCAGCUCUUACUCUGCUGCAAGGUCUGGCAUCCCAAGUGAGCCCCAGAGUGGUGGAGCCCUGGGAGAAAGAUCUUCCACAGCUGCUGGCAACAUUGCAGGACCUGACUGAAAAGGUUGAUUUAGAACCUUCAGCAAUUCAGAUGUGGCAUGAGUCUUUGCGAGAUUUUCUAAGUGACACUAUCACCAACAUUGAUAGUGAAGAGUAUACCAUGAACCUAGGAAAAGCUCAGAUGGAGCAGCUGCAUCUGUAUGAAAAGCAGCCAUCCCAACUGUGCUUCCUGAUGUCUCUCAUCGGUAUCACCCUCAAGCAGUCCACCAGCAAGACCUUCAUUGCCACCAAUCUCACCACACUUUUCAAUGCCAUGAACCACAAGUCCCCAAGUGAGCGAGAGAAUUUUGCUCUGUGUGUAGGGACAGUGGCAGCCGUUCACGGUCAGUUGGUUCUCACACAUAUAGACAUGUGGCUCAAAGCAGCAGAUCCUGCCAAGAAGCCCAUAUCUUUCUUCAGCUUGAUUAAGCAGGAUACCCGUGCAGAAGAAUGUUCCUGGACAAGGGCCACACUGGUACAGUGUUUAGGCCAGGUGGCUGCCCUCACACCUUCUGAGGCUGACCAAAACUGGGUGGAGGGACCCAUCAUGCUACACCUCCUCAAUAUCAUUAACAGUAACAAGAGUGACAAUGUGAAUGAAGCUGUACUUCACACUGUCAGCAGUAUUGCCCGAGCACGCAUCAGCCAACAAGGCAUCAGCUUGCGUCAGCGGCCAUUACUCAUCACACACCUCAUAAACACCAUCAAACCUGACAACAUCCCUAUUCACGUCUUGGCAAGCACUUUCCAAGCUCUUAGGAAUCUUGUAGCACUAGAACCUGAGUUGAACGUGGAAGAGCGAACCAUCAUCCUGCAGUCUGUGUUAGCAGCCUUCAUGCCUCGUUUGGCUCAUGUGGAAAUCAUGGAUCCCUUGCUCAUCAAGUGCUUUGCUCAACUUGGUGUUCUCAUGAGAACAAUUAUCCAGAAGGACACCAACCCAGCCACUCUUGAUGAUGUGACAACAUUGCUUCAGUCUUGGACAGUCUCCCCAACAGACUUGAUUAGAAUAAAGUCUGUUGAGCUUCUGCACACCACUCUCAAAACCUACUAUGAUCAUGUCACUUUUACAGUUGAGGGCCCAACAAACUUCAACCAGACGUGCCAGCUGCUGGCAUUCCUUGUGCCACGAGUGACUGACCCAAGCCCUCUGGUGCGGACUCAGGCAGUGGGUAGUGUAUACAUGGUGUUAAGGAUUGCUGGCCGCUAUACAGGACUCACACCUGACCAUCAAGAUAAGGAUCUGAACACCAUUAAGGCAGUAGAAGAGCAGAUUUCUGGUGAUGAUCCAAGGAAAAUUGAUGCUUUAGCUGAGGAUGUUGCUCAGGUGAUUAGCAACAAGCUGUCAUUUGUUCAGCUGCGUUCCUUCUUGUCCUGUGUGGUGGUUGGGCUCCAGGAUCGUCUGCCAGCAUCCUCAGCUGGUGUGGCACUCACUCUCAUCUCAGUGUUCACCCUCAGGGGCCACCAACUGCACCAGCACAUCAAAGAACUUUUAGAACUUGUAUAUAACCGUCUGGAGAAGGUCCGUGACAGAGAAACUCGACAGAGAGCAGUGGAGGCAGUCACUCGACUCUCUUCCCACAACCUGAAUCAGGUGCUGGAUGUUCUGCUGAUCUAUCCUUUGCCAUAUGACAAGGGAGUGUGUGAGACAUGGCACCACAUUGGGAGGGACCCCAUGCUGUGUUCUGCUGCCCUCUCAUUUCUUAUCCAAGUUUUGGAGCGCACACAGCUUUUCUCUGAGCAACCAACCACUACAGAAGCAACAGUUAAAAUUGCUACCAUUCCACCUCUUGCUGCAAUAUCUGGACUUUGUGAGUUGUUGCACGACUUAAGAGUAGUGAAAGAAAGAGAGUCCUCUGAAGACAGCUGGGAAAAGGUUGAGAACAGCCCUCGUGAAGAGCAUCCUCAGAUGUGGCCAGCUUCACAGGAGAUCAUAAUAGACAACUUUCCUUCUUUAGCUUCCCUGUUAUUGCUGCUUUAUGGUUCCUAUGUUGGGGUAAUGGCUCCCCUCCACCAGACUUCCUCAGCUAAUUCAAAAAGUGCCUUCAAUUUUAUUCCCAAUAGAGGAGCUACAACCUUAGUUCCUAGCAAGAUUGUCCUCACAUGUCUCCAAGCAUUGAUAGAUGUGAUUGAUUGUGCUUCUAUCAGUAAUCUUUUAGCUGCAAAAAUCAGAGAUGAAAGUGAUGAGAAUAUGGAAAUUCAUCUUCUCACUGUCUCUGAAACUAUAGCAAUGUUGGUUCACGAAUCCCCGAAGCAUAUUGAGAAACUAGUCAGCUGUUUGGAUCGUCAGCAUCCCUAUGAGAUGCAGCGAAUGACUGUAGCUGCAGUGUUUGCCCAGUUAACUGCAGAAAAGUGUGGAGGUAACUAUGAACUUCUGGAAAAGAUAAUUGACUGUUUGCUGGGAAGACUUAAUGACAGAUCAGUCCAUGUGCGUCGCCUGGCUGUGCGAGGACUCUCAAACUUUGCUCACCUGCAGAAUGACCAGUGCUAUUUCCCACAGUGGUUCUCGGUUUCAGAAAAACUUAAGGAGAUCAUUGCAGCCAUGGUUGGAGCAACAGAUCAGCGUGACACAGGCAGUUCUGAGGAACUGAGUGUGGAAAGUCAGGUGGCACUGGAAGCCCUGAGAGGCUUGGCUGCCCUUCUGCCUCGAUUACCUCAAGAAACUGUCCUUCAACACACGCCAACACUCCUUAUCAGAAUUAGACUUUUCUCAGAGAAGACAUCAGGGGAAGUGCGAGAGGCAGGCCUGGGUGUGCUGAGGGGCCUGGCAGCAGCUGUGGGCAGCAGUGAGGAGUUUCGGGAACAUCUGCACCUCCACUUGCUUGCUGCCCUUAUCCACUUGGCUGACCCUCAUCCUCCAACUGUCGUGAUGUGCAAGAGUGCAUUACAGGCACUUGGGCCACAUGUUGGCUCAAAGGAUAUGAAUGCAAUGUUCCAGACGCAUCUUAUCCCUAGUGGCCAACUCAACUACCAUCAGUUCAUUGUUGACCUCACCAAGUUCAUGGUCCUAGAUCUGAAGGACCACAUUGGAUUCUUCAUUCAAGCAACUUCAUCUUAUUUCAAGAGCCCAGAGCCCUCGCUUCGUAAAGCUGCUGCACUUUUGAUAGGGAAUCUGGUGUAUCAUUGUGAACAAAGGGAAGACCUCAACAUCUCAUCAGUGAGCCAUGGUCUGCUGUAUCUCAUGCGGGACCCAGAUGCAUCAGUGAGGACAGCUGCUGCUAUUGCCAUUCCUCUGCUCUUCAGGCACACACAAGUGUUAUAAUUUCAUAAGGUAAUAGUCCAAUGGUUCUUAACCUUUUUACUACCAUGUCCCCUCUAGGAAUUUGUUCAUCCCUCUACACUUCCCUUGCAUCUAUGAAUGCAGUGCCCUUCCAGACUUUAAAGGAGGCAAUACUUCUGCAUUUUUCAUAGACUUCUCAUUACUUAGCCAUGCUCUCAUUAAGAGAAUGACAAAUAUAAUUCAUACUUUUCCCAAGAUGCACCUCUCAUGUUAAGAACCACUGUACUAGUCUCUUUCAUGUAUACCAUUUUCAAUAUUUUCCAGAAAUAAUUCAUCCCAUGACUCCAAUUUAGAUAGUAAUGCUCUGCUUGGCACUUGACUUUUUGUAUGUCAGCUGAAUAUAUAUUUACUAAUUAAUGAGUGUUGAUGCAAGAAACAUCAGUAAUCAGUAUAAUGAUUAUAUGCAUACUGUGUUACUUGAUGUGCUGUACUGUCAUCAUAUAGAACUGUGCUUGACUAUCUACGUCUUUUAAUGUUCAAUACUGGUAAACGGCCUGAAGACCCCAUUUGUUCACUACUGUCACAACUAUCCAGGAGCAGUAUAUAGCAAAGGUCAUGAAUCUUUAAUGAGGUGGAAGCUCAUAAACCUUGUGAAAAGAGAUCUUACACCAUAUAAGUAAUGCAGAGAAGUUUGCAUUAAGAUGAGUACUUGUAGUGCAUCAAGACAUUUUGAGUUGUGGACAUCAUAUAAAUUACUCAGUAAUAAUAGGAGAGCAGCAACAACUCUUGAUGCUACUGGACUGAAGCAUUUGGUUAGGUUUGAUCAUAUUUCACUUGAAUUUAUUUCAUAGUUUUAUUAGGAGUAAAUAGCUGUUACAAGAGAGUGAAAAUGCAGUGUGAUGUGCUGGGAGCAGCAUGGCUUAAGACCGUGGCCAAUUAAAAAUAUAGCCAAACAUUAAUUAACAUAAUAAAUUAACCUAUGUUAAGGUUGUUAAAGUAGAUUAACUGUGGCUAAAUUUGUUUGGUUUUAGUUUGUAAAAUUGGGUCAGAGCAAAAGAGUGGGAUUCAUUGGGUGGAGCGAUUGGACAACACUGCAUAUCUGGAGGUGUACCCUGAAAAUAUGGUGUUGCUAUUGGAAUGAUAUUCAAAUAAGCAGUAUUAAACAAUUCCAUAACUGUAGGGCUGGCCUCAUGCUGGUAAGGCUACUGGCAUUGCUUGUCAGCAUUCAGUGGACUUCUUGUGACCUGUGAGCCAAGGUGGGCAGUAUCUGUUUUCAAAGUUAAUCCACAUGUAUUCUUUUUGAUAUAUUAUCAUUUCUCCAAAUAUUACAUUGAUAACAUUUGCCUUUCAUUGUUAAAUGAUAAUAACAUGCCACCAUAUCCUUGUUAUUGUGAUAAAGUAUUUUUAACCAGGCAGGUUAGGAUACACUGUGUGGUACCUUCUCCGAACUAGCUCAUAAAUCACUUGACUCGCAGUUAGGAGUUGUCUUGUGAGUUUCUCUGCAUGACUCAUAACUAUGAGAAGAAUUUUGAAUUUAUGAAUGACUUUAAAUGAAGCUUUUAUGAAGUUUUCCGUAUACUGGCCCUGCUCCUUAGUCUGGAUGUCACACACACACACACACUGUAGCUAAAUAAUUUUGUUAGAGAUGUGAUGUUUUUAUCCUCUCAUCUUUUUUUUAUUUUUUUUAGAAAGCUCUGUUAUCUUCAGGGGGAGACAGAACCUUCAAGAUAAACCAAUUGAUCUCUCAGGUGAACCUGAUAGAAUCAAUACCAGUUUAAGGAGGUGGAUGCUCUAACAGUUAAGUACCAUUAAGCAUGUGAGACUUGAAUUAUUACAUAUAAGGACAAAAUACUAAGUAUGUCUGUGAUCAGAUAACAAUUGGUGAGAUGCUAUACACCAGGUAUUUGGUUUUGCAAGACAAGGUGUUCUUAUUGUUAAAGGCAAUAUCUUACCAAGUGAAAGACUAUAGAAAUACGAUCAUGGGUCAAAUUGAGAAAUUACAGACAUUAGAUUUAAUGCUUUAGAUCAGAGAAGAGAAACUAAAGGCAACAUUUGUGGCUGAACAAGGAGACAAUUAAGAUUGUGAUUACUCAUUCAUUAAGUAAGAUAUAUUGUAAAAAAAAAAAAACAUUACCUUCUCCAAGUAAAACUUUAAAGAUAUAGUUUUGUUUUUUGUAAUAUGAAUUUUGUGAAAAGAAUCUGCCUUUAGGUGUGACAUCACUUUGUAUAUGUGUUGGUGGAUUUUGUCUGAGUUUGAAGAUUAAGGGAAAUAUACCCCUUCUGAUAGUUACUCAGAUAACACGUUUGUGUGUAUUAUAUUCACGGUCACCUGCUGGUCAGCCAGCCAGCCUUCCCCAUGAUGGAGCGAGCUCAGAGCUCCUAGACUGAUCUUCAGGUAGGACAGACCACACUACACACCACACACCGGGAAAGCAAGACCACAACCCCUCGAAUUACAUACUGUAUCUACUUGCUACUAAGUGAACAGGGGCUACACAUUAAGAGGCUCACCCAUUUGCCUUGCCGCGCCGGGGACUCAAACCUGGGCCUUCUCGGUUGUGAACCAAGAGUGUUAACCACUACACCAUGUGGUGUGUGUGUGUGUGUGUGUGUGUGUGUGUGUGUGUGUGUGUGUGUGUGUGUGUGUGCUUGCGUGUGUGUGUGUCCCAGGAGACUCAUUAAUAAGAGGAUAUAAUACAGGUGAUUGAAUUUUAGCUUAAGUACCUUUAUAAUCUUAGCAAGUCUGUAUAGUGACAGUUAAAACUCAAUAGUGGAGAAUCAUGUAUACUAACUUGUUUGAACACAAGUAAUUUUCGUCAGUGUAACAUGACAUUCAUUUUGUUUUUUAAUAGUUUUAACUUGUUUUUUUUUCUUUAUUGGGCUUUCUGCUCUGCUUGGAAAACACAAUAAUGUGAUAGUAAUAUAUUGUUGAUGUUUACAAUGUGCACUAAACCUCAUGAAAUAUUGCCUCUGGCCCUUCAGCCGUAUUAUUACAUAUGUGACAUCUUCCAACAUGCCUCAGCAAUUAGCCAGGAUACUCUCAAGUAUUUAUUUUGUACUUAGUAGAUACAUGGCUAACCAUGAAACAAUGUGCCAAAAUAUUUCAAAAUUACAUAUACUGGAUGUGGAUGUGCCCCAUUCUUUUAUACUUUAUCUAUUUCAUAUAUAUAUAUAUAUA